UAAUAUUUUCAUUGGCGGUAAAGUGAGGAUUGUAAUUUCUGUUUUGUUUUUCUUUCCCAAAUGAGAAUUAUCAUACUUUAGAAACAAUGAAAAACAUAUGCAUAGAAGUGAGAAAUAAUAAACUUCUGCUACUGGGAGGAAUAGCGUUUGUCUCCGAGCUUGUUUGGCAAUUGUACAAAAGGUUUCACGACCUCUGGACAAACACUACAAACACCUGCGGAAUUUCACAAGCUGAUGUCAAUGAACCAAAACAAAACAUCUCGGAAGUGAUGUUUUUUACGAAGGAUUCCAGUCUUUGUCGAGCGCACGCUACUUCCGAGGAAGUUUGCCCUAAAAGUAAUUGUCCCGUUCGGUAUUUCAGAAACUUGGAAAAUUACAUAAACCAGGCGAAAGAAAGUUUAGACAUCUGUAUGUACAUGUUGACUUCUCAAUUUUUGUCAACGGCGAUAGUAAACGCUCGCAAACGAGGCGUGAUUGUUAGAAUGAUAUUAGACAAGAACAUGGCACAAAACGACGCCACGCAACUUGCUCUAUUUUAUAGUAACAGUGUCUCGCUUCGAGUGCAACAGCUGGACGUCCUGAUGCACCACAAGUUUAUGAUCGUGGACAAAGAAGUAUUAAUCACCGGUAGCACGAAUUGGACAAUGUCUGGGUUCUUUGGAAAUUUCGAUAAUAUUUUGGUGACUAAUCAGCGUUCACUGGUUGAACCGUUUGUCGACGAAUUCGACAAGCUGUGGGAGAUAUUUCAGUCGCCUAUAUGUCCGGAAUUGCAAGAAACCUUAAAGUAACUCACUGCCCGACCGGCAUUUUACUAUACUUUACUAAACAGAAUUUUAAUCAAUAAAUCAGAGCCUAAGUUUUUAAGCUAACGGCUAAGUAACA